GUGAUGUCCCAAGCAGAGGGCCAACAGAAGAACCUUGUCCACUCCAUUGACUCUCUCCCCACCAAAGGCCCCCUCUCUUGUCUGGACCAGGACCUGCUGCUGCUCAAGGCGACGUCGGCCGCCACGCUCAGCUGCCUGGGCGAGUGCCUGAACAUCCUCCAGCAGACUCAGAGCCACAGCAGCCAAGCACCUCCUCAGUCUCACGCCUCCCAGCGUAGCCGUGGAACCCCCUCUGAUGGUGUUCCUGUGUGGACUGUACCAAAGUCGCCCUCAGGCGACACGCUGAGGAACGGAGGUCUGACUCCUUCACAAUCAGCCGAGCCCUCCCCGGCCCUCAGGAAAAGGAGUAUGUCCCAUGGUGCAGAGGAGAUGAGAUCCAGCUUCACGCAGGUCAAGCCCGUAGCUUCCCAGCAGUGCAGCAACCACCCAGGGCUGGAGGACAUCAGUCCCAGUGAGGAGGUGACCGAUACGGAGGACAAUGAGGAGGAGGAUCUGGGAGUUCUGGACGACCAGCGGAGCGUCAUUCUCCACCUGCUCUCCCAGCUCAAACUGGGGAUGGACCUCACGCGGGUGGUGCUGCCUACGUUCAUUUUGGAAAAGCGAUCCCUGCUGGAGAUGUACGCCAACUUCAUGGCACACCCUGAUAUGUUCCUGUCGAUCACAGCCGGGGCCACGGCCGAGGACCGCAUCGUGCGCUUUGUGGAGUACUACCUGACUGCUUUUCACGAGGGACGCAAAGGCGCCGUGGCCAAGAAGCCCUACAACCCGGUCCUGGGGGAGACCUUCCACUGUUCCUGGGAAGUACCUCGGGAUAAAGUCAAACCUUUGGUCAGAUCAAACCUGGGGCCGACUCGAGAACCGGGCAGAGGAUCCAACAACUCGCAGCUAGGGGAAGACUCACCCGAAGGCUCCUACAGAGUGCGGUUUGUCGCAGAGCAGGUGUCCCAUCAUCCACCUGUGUCCGGGUUUUACUGUGAGUGCCGGGAGCGCCAGAUGUGCGUCAACGCUCACGUGUGGACCAAGAGCAAGUUCAUGGGCAUGUCUGUUGGCGUGUCAAUGGUUGGAGAAGGAGUCCUGUGUCUCCUGGAGCACGACGAGGAGUACAUCUUCACUCUGCCCUGCGCCUACGCCCGCUCCAUCCUCACCGUCCCCUGGGUGGAGCUCGGAGGCAAAGUCUCCAUCAACUGCAUCAAGAGCGGCUACUCAGCCACGGUGACCUUCCACACAAAGCCUUUCUACGGAGGGAAGGUGCACAGGGUGACAGCGGAGGUGAAACACAACCCGACCAGCACCAUCGUGUGCAAAGCGCAGGGCGAGUGGAACGGCACGCUGGAGUUCACCUACAGCAGCGGGGAAACCAAAGUGAUCGACACGUCCAAACUUCCCGUCACCAGGAAGAAGCUGCGGCCCGUGGAGAGGCAGGGCAGGACGGAGUCCAGGCGGUUAUGGCAGCAUGUCACCAAGUCUCUGAAGGAAGGGAACAUCGACGAAGCCACUGCGCACAAACACAGGCUGGAGGAGAGCCAGAGGGUGGAGGAGAGGAAGCGGGCAGCGGAUAACAAACCCUGGAAACCAAAAUAUUUUACUAAAGAGGGAGAGGGCUGGAUCUACAACAACCCGCUGUGGAAGUCGACCUGACACGGGAACAACGCGCCUCAUGUGGAUAAAAACUGCAGACUCCGGGCCGGGGCUCCGAGCAGCGCAGCGCCGUCCUCCACGGACCUUCAGCCUCAUAGACAGUGGAGGCAAACGAAGCAAGCGAGGUGCCAAAGGGAUUUCCUCAGUCAGAAGCAACAGAGCAAGCUCAGAGACCCUCGGGACGGACGAACACUUUUAUAGUCCCCACACGUUAAAGUAGAAUAUUUCUAUUUUUCACUUUGCUAAGGCCUUUUAUUUCCCCUCCUUCCCACGGUGACGACAUUUAGCACUCGUGUUAGUUGGACUGCUCAUCAGUGUCGAAGCUUUAGGACAGAUCGAGUCUUCUGUAACACACCAUACUGUAGCUGUAAAUGACUUUGUUAAACGGAGCACUUUUAUCAGAGAGAAAUCAACUAUUUUAUACGUCACAGUGGCUUUACAGAAAUAAAACGUCUAUAACCAGAUUAGAAGUGAUUUAAACUACUAUAUAUUAUUACACAGUAUUUUAGAGCAACCUACUUGGACGGUCCCGCUUGUGUUCGUCUGCACUCUGAAUGUAUCCCGGCACAUUUUAACACUCGUCACCAUAAUUGUUUUUUUAACUUGAUUUAUAUCGUCUCACUCAGUGGAAAAACAGCUGCCAAACAGAAUAUUUUCAUUACUACCUCUCAUGUUGCUACAAACGUUUUUCUGGUUUGUUUGUGGCUCAAAGCUCCUGGGUCCGCUCCGUCUGUUUUGUAUCUGUAACCCCAAGAUGACACUGGUGUAAUUAGGCAACGGCGGCGGCAGCCUUCGCCUGCUCCACUUCAUGCUUCUCUUUAGGUUGCCCACGUCGAUUAAUAUGGAUGAGGCGCUUUGCAGCAACACAGCGCCGAUCCUUACGCUGCUUCGCUGGAAGGCUGCCUCUGAAGAUGAGAGGACCGUCUACCAGAACAACAACCACAGGGGACUGGUGCAGCCCACUGGUCGGGGAGAGGAGGAGGAUAUGGACUGGUUCAUUACUACUCUCAGCAGACAAACUAUGUGGCUAACGUCCAGGUUUUAUAAAAUAAAACUAAGGAUUUAAACAUU